GUGACAAAUCCGUUUCAUCCAGCCAAUCAGCUCCAACGUUCAACUAUAGCCUAUGUUCUGUCCAAUCACAAGCGACGUUGUUGGAAAGCCCUGUGUUGACGGCGGAGAAGGUGACUCUCCGUCGAUAGCCGUAGCAGAACACAAAAAUAGCGACAUUUAAGCCCAAAAUAUCGGCGUUAACUGAAUAACCGACCAUGUCUUCGAUUGUAAGGGCACUGGGGGCUCUACGGAACAACUUCCAGCAGAUCAGAAUUACUCGUCCACACAUCGAGGCACAGUACAGACAGUUUCCUCAACUGACCAAGCGGCAGCUAUUUCAGUCUGAACUCAUCAGCGGUACCAUGUGGUUCUGGAUCCUUUGGAAUUUCUGGAAAAGUCCUGAGGAAGUGCUGGGUCACUUCCCUUAUCCUGACAUUUCCAAAUGGACGGAUGAGGAGCUCGGAAUCCCACCAGAUGAUGAGGAAUAAGAUGAUGGAUUCACGCAGUCUGCACAUUGUGCUGCCGGUGGCUGUUUGUACAUAGGCUAAUAAAAUUCUAAAAAUCAGUGAAGUGUUUUGUUUGGUUAUAAAACUGAAGCAGCUCACAAGUCUUAUUUCACUGAAUUUUAUUUACACGCAAUUUUUUUUUCUUUGAAAUGCUGAAACAAGACUCAUUAAACAGUGUCACAGUUAGCCAGUGUUUGUAUAUUUUAAAUCAUAAGCCUAUUAAAUCAGAACCAAAAA